AUGGCUCAAUCAUUCUUGAAACGAUGCUUUGGCCUCGGUGGCGCCUCUGCUGCUCCCACUACCUGCUCUACCACCCCUGAGAAGUCUGCUGUCCGCGCCCUUCCCGCUUCAUGGUACACAUCAGUUGAGAUGUACGAGCUUGAGAAGCGUGCUAUCUUCUCCAAGAAGUGGCUUCUCACCACACACCAGGCUCGUCUCCGCAAGGCUGGCGACUGGCUCAAGUAUGAGAUCGCCAACUUCGAGCUUGUCAUUGCAAAGGACGAGGACGGAAACAUCAACGCCUUCCACAACAUUACCCGAUUCGGUGCCUUCCCCAUCGUCGCUCCCGAGCAGGGUGACCACGGUGAUGCCAGCACUGGCUUUGACCAGAAGCAGAAUGGUCUUCUCCCCAUCCACGUCAAGGUUGAUGCUCGCGGCUUCAUCUGGAUUAACAUGGACGGCGCCAAGGUUCCCGAGGUCGCCUGGGAGGAUGACUUUGACAACCUUGACACCCAUGAGCGCUUCUCCUACUACAACUUUGAGGACUACAACUUCGACCACGUCUGGGAGAUGGAGGGUGACUACAACUGGAAGAUCCUUGCCGACAACUACAACGAAUGCUACCACUGCAAGGUCGCUCACCCUGAUAUCCCCACCAUUGCCGACCUCAACUCUUACUGGGUCGAGACUCAGAAGCAGUACAUCCAGCACUUUGGUGCUCAGCGACAGGAUCAGAUUGACCGUGGCUUCCGCAUUGCUGUCACAUACUACCUCCCCAAUGCUUCCACCAACAUCUCUCCUCACUUCUUCAUGAUCCAGCGCUUCGUUCCCCACAGCCCUACCCGCUCUACCAUGCGCUACGAGUUCUUCCGCAACAAGAACUCCAGCGAUGAUGACUUCACCCUCAUCACUGAGCUCUACAAGCGUGUCAUGUCCGAGGACAAGUACCUCUGCGCCAAUGCCCAGAAGAACGUCAACGCCGGCGUCUUCAUCAACGGCGAGAUGCACCCCGAGAUGGAGCAGGGUCCUCUCUUCUUCCAGCAGAACGUCCGCGCCGCUCUCCAAGAGCACCACAAGAAGGAGCAGGAGGCUGGCAAGGAGAUCUGGCCCGCUCAGCAGGAGGUUCCCACAACAACCAUCAACACCAAGAUCAAUGGUCAAGCCAACUACUCAUCCGGAAUUGACUUGAGGCCAGCCAAGAAGACCAUUGUUGUCUAG